GUGUAUUGGCGCCUUAGCUCUCUCUCAGUCUCAAUAGAGAAAUCCAGGCCUUUUUCUUUUCCCAUAUAUUUAAGCGCUCUCUCUCUUUUUCUCUCCUUUCCCUUUCAAAUUCCAAGCGUCUCUCUUAAGCGCCCCUCUUUUUCCCGCGUUACAAGCUCUACACAAUCCCCGCCAUGGAUUAUCUUAAAUCCGUGGUUCCUUCACAGCUCAUAGCUGAAAGGGGGUCUAAUUUAGUUGUUAUUAAUCCAGGUUCUGCAAAUGUCCGGAUGGGGUUUGCAUAUCAGCAGAAUCCCUUUAGCAUCCCCCACUAUAUUGCUUGGCAUGUGAGAGGGGGGUCUUCUGAUGGGAAUCAAGAACAAAAAAUGACAGUUCAAGAUCAGAAGUUGGUGUCUCCAAUUACGCCUGCACAGCAAGUGGAGCGUGAGAAGGGUUAUGACAGUAUUGCAGCAGAGCUGAAGAUACCUUUUUUGGAUGAAGAAAGUCGGAAUGCUUUUGUUCAUCGGAAGGUUGGUCGUGUUGAUGGAUUAAGUUCACAUGGUAACAGGAGUGAGACAACCUUCACUUGGACAAAUGUACUGGAGGCUACUCCCACUUCCUCUUUGUCAACAGAGUCUGUGGUUGCCAAACAUGAAGACAAGGACCAACCUGAAGUUAAUAGAAGUGUAGGCUCCACCUUGAAUCAAUACAAGUUUAAGGACUUCAUUUGUGGUGAGGAGGCUUUGAGAAUAGCUUCAGUUGAGCCGUACUGCUUACGCAGGCCUAUUCGCCGUGGUCAUUUUAAUAUUUCUCAGCACUAUUCAGUACAACAGGUUUGCGAAGACCUUUCUACUAUUUGGGACUGGGUUCUGAAAGAGAAGCUGCACAUCUUUCCUGCUGAAAGAUAUAAGUUUUCUGUUAUUCUUGUUGUCCCUGAUGCUUUCGAUAAUCGUGAAAUAAAGGAAACCUUAUCCAUUGUGUUGCAAGAUUUACGUUUUGGAUCAGCAGUGGUACAUCAGGAAGGUCUUGCUGCUGCCUUUGGGAAUGGCCUGUCGACUGCAUGUGUUGUGAACAUGGGAGCUCAAGUGACAUCUGUUAUUUGCAUUGAGGAUGGAGUGGCUUUGCCUAACACGGGUGUAACUCUACCCUUUGGUGGAGAAGAUAUAUCUAGAUGCCUCUUAUGGGUGCAGGAACAUCACCAGACUUGGCCGCCUGUUCAUACUGACCUUGUGGCCAGACCGGUUGACUUGCUAAUGCUCAAUAAGUUGAAAGAGUCUUACUGUCAAAUCCAUGAAGGGGAGCUUGAUGCUGUGGCAAUAGUUCAUUCUUAUGAGAAUGGAUUGGGAGCUGAAGCUCACAAGAUGAGGUUAACUUCUCUCAAUGUACCUCCUAUGGGUCUCUUCCAUCCACUAGUCUUGGUAGCUGAUGAAUGUCCACCUCCUCCCCGUCCUUUUUUUCACGACUAUGAUGAUAUGCUCGAAGAUCCAUUUCAUGGAGAGUUUUAUCGAAGACCUGACAUGCCAGAUGGUCUAUUUUAUACCGGAAAUGGUUAUGCUGCCAUGUGGGAUAGUUACCCAGUUCGUCCUAUAGUCUUGAAAAAAGAAGAAAACCUCGGUCUAGCAGAGGCGAUCACUAGAAGUAUACUUUCAACAGGGCGUAUAGACCUCCAGAGAAAGCUGUUUUGUAGCAUCCAACUGAUUGGUGGAGUGGCUUCAACUGGUGGGCUUGUUGCAGCUGUGGAGGAAAGGGUCUUGCGGGCUAUUCCUGCAAAUGAAGCUAUCGACACCGUUGAGGUACUGCAAUCAAGAGGUGAUCCAGUCUCUGUUUCAUGGAAAGGUGGAGCAAUUCUUGGCGUCCUUGACCUCGUUCGAGAUGCUUGGAUACAACGAGAAGACUGGAUCCAAUCUGGUAUUCAUGUAGGAAGCGGCAGAAAAUAUAGAGAUUCAUAUUACCUGCAGGCCCAAGCAAUGUGGUACAUAAAUAGCUAACAGAAAUUAUCUUAUAUUUACGGGAAAUGAGGCCCAAGAGAUCAACUACCUAGUUACCACCUCCUGGAGGAUGGGUGAAACUAAACUUUGAUGGAAAUAUUCGAGGGGAGGAUCAGGUCUCGGGAUAUGGGGGCUUGUUGCAGGACUCAAAUGGAGUCGCUCAAUGGUCAUAUCAAGGUCGGCUGCGUCAAUGUGGGGCUAAUGAAGCAAAGUUGUGGGCUCAGAAGAUUGGUGUGUCCAAACUAGAUUCUAGCCAGUUGUGCAGAUUAUUGAAUGGACUUAGCUAAUGUAAUUUCAUGGGACCGAGACCAAGACAACACCCCCGUGGUUUUGGAGUAUUAUAAUGGAUGAAAUCCUACUCUCGUUUCAUGGAAGAGGGUUUUAUCAUGUUUACAGGGAGCGCAACGGAGAGGUUGACAACUAUGCUUUAGUAUUACUACCCUCUUAGGGCAGUCUUGUAGCCCUCUUCUCACUUUCUUUCUCUAUAUCCCUCUCUUCUUCUUUCCUUCUUCUCUGUUAAUAACUUUUUUUAUCA